AUGAAUACUAAAAUUAUUACUCAUGGUGAACCAGGGAAAUUACUAGGCAACACAAGAAGAAAUUGUCCAUAUCAGGUUCCCAAAUUGUUCAGUGACAUGAAAGAUGCUGACUACUAUAUACAGGCAGCCAAACGACUACAGAAGAAAAACAACGGAUACAAAUUAAAAAUUAUAGUUUUUCCGUGGUAUUCAUGUGCUAUGUUUGUUAUUUUAAAUAAACAUGAUAAUAGGUAA